AUGGGCCUGUACAACGAAACUGUGGAUUUCCUUUCUGGUGCAUUCUCAAACCAUCAGACUCAGAUCCCUUUGCUAGCAGUGACUGGGGCUUCAUUCACACUUGGUCUACUCGCUCGAUCGGUGUUCCCUCAAAACGAAUCGCUCCCGACUGUUCUCGUAUCGCCUCGGUCGACAGUCUUACCCGAGUCGGAGAAUCGUAAAUUGCCUCUCCCGGCUGAUGCCCUGCCCGGUGCUCGCGAUGUCGCUAGCCCAUACGGGUCUAUGCGAGUGUAUGAAUGGGGCCCAGAAGAUGGACCCAAGGUGUUGUUCGUGCACGGUAUCACCACACCGUGUAUCUCGCUCGGCGGGGUGGCCCAUGCGUUGGUGGACCGCGGCUGCCGUGUGAUGCUAUUUGACUUGUUCGGAAGAGGAUACUCCGACUGCCCUGCUGAUCUUCCACAAGAUGACCGCCUCUUCUCGACACAGAUCUUCCUCGCUCUGACAUCAUCGCCUAUCUCUUGGACAGGUGCAGAGUCCGGUAAAUUCUGCCUUACCGGGUACUCUCUGGGAGGUGGCAUUGCGGCUGCCUUUGCAUCCUACUUUCCUAAGCUUCUGUCGUCAUUGGUGCUCCUAGCCCCUUCGGGAUUGCUCCGCGAUUCGCAUAUCAGUUUCCAAAGUCGACUCCUUUACUCAAAGGGUCUUAUGCCUGAGAAUAUCUUAGCAUCCUUGGUUAGCCGUCGGCUGAAGGCAGGCCCCUUGGCCUCGUCCAAGCCCAAGAACGAGAAACCCAGUGCCGCGGAUGUACUCACCGAAGAACUGCCAUCCCAGAGCGCUGCAGCAACUCAAAUUCUGUCCCGAGAGUAUCCCCACAUCAACAUCCCGUCUACCGUGGCGUGGCAGGUGAAUAAUAACAAGGGGUUUGUCCACGCGUUCAUGUCUAGCAUGCGUUAUGGUCCAAUCCUUCGAGAGCGCCAAUGGAACACAUGGGCGCGUCUCGGUGAGUAUUUAACUGCACAGAAUAGCGCCUCAAGCAAUGAAGAUAAAAGGCCGGCGGAUAACAAAGUGCACAUUCUGUGUGGUAAUAGUGAUUCAAUCAUUGUCAAAAGUGAACUUGUUCCAGAUGCCACGGCUGCCCUGGAUGGCAAUGUUGUCUUCAAGUUUUACGAAGCGGGACAUGAGUUCCCCAGCACCAAGUACGAGGAAGUAGCAUCUUACAUCUUCGAUAUACUAUGA